GCCGGCGUUUACCUGGUAAUCCGUCAUCGGCGACGGGGCUCUGCGAUGUACCUCUACCAACACAGACGAAGAGCUAUGUGGUCGAACAAGGAGACAAACUGGGGGCCUUGUUCGCUUUAACUUCUCCUUGGUCCAACGCUUUGGCCGGGAGGAGCGUUCUGCGAAGGAUUUGAGCCAUUUUCACCGCGACGAGGAGGACUUCAGCGGGUUUGGAAGCAGCUCCGGGCUGGAUAUUUGCCCGACUUAAUUCCUCAGCUACAUCCGUAUUCCCAGCCGUCAUUGGGGACUGGAGUGACAAUGCUUGUUUAGAGCUUUUUGUACGCGCUUUUAGGGGCCCUUUUCGCUAGUACCGCAUUGUAUUUUUUAAAUUAACAACCCCGCCAUGGUGGACUCCCUGAGGAAGACUUUUGUCGUCCCCGAUAUCAAACCAUUGGAUUUAUACGACUCCACUAAAGCGAAAAUAUGCUCAAGUGUCGCCUGGUUGUUGGCGAAGUCCUACGGCAGUGCAGAAAAUGUCCCGGCCGAGCUGCGAGACCCCUUCUACCGUGACCAGUAUGAGCAAGAACACCUUAAACCUCCCGUCUCCCGCCUCCUGCAGUCCUCGGAGCUUUAUUGCCGCACCUACAGCCUCUUGAUGUUCGGCACUGGCCGCACUGACCCACAGCCCAAAGACAACAUAGCUCUGCUGCAGCUGCUCGCUAACCGAAGCCUGGUCUCCAAAGCGCCUGACUUAGCAGUGACUGAUGCAGACCUGCAACAUAAACCCAUCAAAAUGAGUGCUCACUUGGCCGUGAUAGAUGCCCUGAUGGCCGUUGGAGCCUCGGAGACGGUGAGGACUGUGAAGACAGGCGCUUCUCAAGCGCUCCUGGGUGGUACUUCGAGCUGGGAAGAUGCUGUACUGCACUGGGUAAACACGCUCAACCAAAAGCUGAGGGAACUAACGGAAGGAGCCCAAAGUGAACAAACAUUCCAGGCCAUCACUGAGAGUGAUCCCCAACCUCUUCAACCUGCUUGUCCUACACGCUGGUACUGGAAACUAGUUCCUCUUCGCUACAGAAAGGAUAAAGUUCAGUCCAAACAGAAACCCAUUUUCCCGGUGGUGAAUGAAGUCCGAGACCUAUCUAAUGGCUGUGCUAUCGCUGCUGUCCUGCAUUACUACUGCCCCGGUCUGCUACGACUUGAAGAUGUUUGCAUGAAGGAGACCAUGUCAGCCACCGACAGCUUGUACAACCUGCAGUUCAUCCGUGAGUUCUGCGACAGCUGCCUGAAGAGCUGCUGCCACUUGGCCCUGGAGGAUUUGCUGUAUUCGCCAGAAGCGUUUCGGGUCAACAUUCUGAGCUUUCUAGCAGAGCUGCUCCACUGGUUUGAAGUACAAAGGCCAGACUUUGUUCACCCAGUGGACAGAUUAGAUGGCUCCGCACCAUCGACGCCACGGGGUGUGAGCAACAAUGGCACUUCUCCUUCUAUCUUAAAGAAGCCCUUCCUCCCAAUUUCCUCCCCUGCAUCAGGGUGUUUGAAUCAGUCUACCUCAAUGUCUCAUUUAGAAGGAGUUGGAAAGACGCGGAGCAAGAAAAGCCGCCCCCUGUCAGCGGUAUCCUUCAGCAUUCCUUUCGGCUUGGACAGCGACGUGGACAUCGUGAUGGGCAACCCUGUGUUAACGCGAUCCGCGAGCUCGGACCAGCUUCAUCCAACGAGCCCAAAUGUGACUCGGUCACCCUUCACACCUGCUGUGCACCUGAGCAAACCGACCGCUUCGAAUGGCGUCCACAGAGGUUCCUGGUCCACCCAGAGUCCCGAUCAACCAAUAUCAGCGGAGAAUGGCAUCGGCGCGACUGAACCGGGAGAGCUGCCGACCAUCGAAGAGGCCCUUCAGAUCAUUCAUAAUGAGAGAAAGAUGGAACCUCGCUUACAUCCCGACGGUGCUCCAGACGGUUUCUACCUCCACUCUCCGGACAACACCGCCACUGUGGGACAUCACAGAAAGUCUACGCCCGUCAGUUGCUCUGCGCCGACGCAUUCGGGAAUGAUGCAUCGGCCUGCGAGGGAGUCCAAAGAGCCCCCUCGAACCAGAAAUACUUCAGAAUGUUCACGUGAUGACGACUCGGUCUUAAGAGACGGCAGCGUGGAUUCGGAUGCGUCGGAGGACACACCGCGGGCUCAGUCCGUGCCAGGCACACCUGGAGCCGGCUCCCAGUCGGAUAGACGGGAGGGAUUGGACAGUGGCGUGAAGAUGACCAGCUUUGCGGAACGCAAAAAGAAGCAAAGUGGAGACUCUCGCAAAACCAGUGAGUCGACUGUUCCCCAUGCGACCACGUGGGAUGUGAAAUUUGAAGACAGCCCCGGUAAGAGCCCUCAGCUCACUAACGAAAUGUCAGAGCUCGGGGUUCGUCUGGAGGAAAAGCGGCGGGCUAUUGAGGCCCAGAAGAAGCGCAUCGAGGCCAUCUUUGCCAAGCAUCGUCAAAAACUGGGCAAGACUGCCUUUCUACAGCUGAAGAAAGGGGAGCGUGUGGAAGAUGGUGAGGUGAAAGGAGGCCAGGUCAACACUUCCUCCACCGAGGAAGACCUCGCUCGGUUGACGCUUGAGGAACGACUGGCUAGCGUGGAGAAUGAAGAGCAGCCCGUGUCAGUGGAGCGUGAAAGUCACGUCAAAGGGGGACACGCUCUCACCAAAGAGAAGGCGAGUACGCCUGGUGAAAAAGCAGCAGCGCCACUCGGGGAAUAUAACAUCGCUGUAUCCAAGCUGACCGCAGCUCUCACGUCGCUUCAAAGUGACAUGCAACGGCUCUCCGAGCAGCAGAACCAACUCGUUCAGAAGAAAGCUGCCGGCAACAAAUCCUGGGUUACCAGCCCCAAGACCUCCACCCAGUCCCCCUCCUCUGCACGUCUCUCACAGGAAUCCACCCGGGACUUCAAUUCAGCCUCCCCGUCGCCAUCCCGCAAGCUCACAAACCACAUUAUCCCUCCAAAGUCUCCUCAAGUUGCCCAUCGUAGAAGUCAAUCCGUGCCCCCUAAGAGCCCCAAACACGGUCGAAUCCCGGCUCUAUCGAGGGUCAUUAACACACCGCAAAGUGUCGACCGCAUUCCGCACCUUCGUCGCGUGAGCCCCUCGCAAAAUCAAAUCCAGACUUCCGCCAUGUUCUCCAUCGGGGACUCCGAAAGCUUUGACGAACUGCGCUCUUUGGCAACCACGCCCGUUUCCACAGCGACGCUCACCCCCGGGUCGACGCCCACCCCGACUCCGCGUCUCCCCGCGGAGGACGCUCUGUCCGAAGCAGGUUCCAACGACUAUGAAAGUAUAUUCAGCUCGGACAUGGAACCGAGACCCUCUCACGCAAACAGGAAGGAGGGAGCGGCGGGCGGGGGCUCCAGCUCCGGUGCCCCGUCGGAGUGUUCCUUUGAGAGUGACGCCCCGCCCGCGGUCGUGAACUCCAAACGGAGUAGCCUCAUCGAGAUCUCUCUGUCUUCCCUGCAAGGAGAUGAUGCAGAGGAGGAAGACCAAGUGCCCGAUCCUUUCGCCGACUCGCCAGAGGCGAAAGCAGGGGUCGGCUUCUUCUUCAAGGAUGAAAAGGAGCGAACUGAGGAUGAGAUGGCGCAGAAGAGAGCUGCCUUGCUGGAGAAACAGCAGAAGAGAAAAGAGGAGAUGAAGAGACGCAAGCAGGAGCAGGAAAAAGAAUCCAACAAGCCCCAGUGGAUGAUCAUCGAAGGUUGGGGCAAUAAGGGUGAGGACAAGCCUCAGACCCCCGGGACUCCUCCGGCAUCGCAUACACCUUCAGCCGAGGGAACCCCGCAGCGCAGGGGAGAAUUCACGCGGCAGGAAUAUGAGCGCAGACACCAGCUGAAGAUCAUGGAGGACCUAGACAAGGUGCUCAGGCAGAAGCCCACCACGGUGCGCGGUGUGAAGAAGCAGAGACCCAAGACCGUGUUCAGGGACGACUCGGCCCUCGCACAUAGCCCAGUCAAGGGUCUCCUGGGAAGCAGGCUGAACAAAGUGUACUCCCACUCGACCAUGAACUUGUCCUCCAUGGCGAAUGACUCUGGAGGCUUGACUGUCAGGAGAUCUACCAGUCGUUCCCAUUCUCCCUCCCGGCUCAUGUCGCCAAGACGAAUGAGUGCUCACAACGGUGACAGGGAAUGGGAGAACGGCUCCACGGUCUCCUCCACUGCCUCCAUCCCAGAGUACACAGGACCAAAGCUAUAUAAGGAGCCAAGCUUCAAGUCCAACAAGUUCAUCAUCCAUAAUGCUAUCUCCCGCUGCUGUUUGGCCGGCAAGGUCAACGAACCCCAGAAAAACAAGAUUGUAGAGGAAAUGGAGAAGAGCACGGCCAACCAUUUCCUCAUCCUCUUCAGGGACUCCAGUUGCCAGUUCAGGGCCGUGUACACCAUGAACCCCGAAACAGAAGAGAUGUCACGGCUCACCGGCAUCGGGCCGCGCGUCAUCACGCUAGACAUGGUGGAGUCCAUCUACAAGUACAGCUCCGACCGCAAGCAGUUCACCGCCAUCCCGUCCAAGACCAUGUCCAUGAGCGUGGAUGCCAUCACCAUCCCCGGACACUUCUGGCAAAAGCGCCCAGGAACUCCCAAGAAGCUCAGCACCCCAAAAUGAACAUACUAUUGCUAUUCAGGUUUUCUAUUCUGGCCAGUCUGGGGAACUACUUCCUCCUUAUUUUUUAGAGAUUAGUAGCAGACAAAUGGAGUGACUGAGGACCAUGAGAACAAUCAACACUAUGUGCCAAGAAAAUGGAUGAAUCCUAUUGAAUGCUUCCCUGCUCAGAGCUCCCGGAUUGAUGAUUGUAUGCGGGGAGAAAAAAAACAA